AUGGAGGCACAAUUGCAUGAGUUACAGGAAGAAAUAACGAGGUCCAGCGAUUUGGUGCUUACCGAACAAGAUAAACGGCUGCAAGGUACACUACGGGAGAUUGAUCAGUCCAUUAGGAAGCUUAUUGAAACAAGUGAUUAUCUAAAACUAAGUGGUGAUGCUGAUAGCUUGAUAGACAUAAAGCAAUUGGAAGUGAAAUCAAGAGAGCUGGACUCUCUGAUGGAUCUUUUGAGGAAACUGUACUGGAGAGAGGAAUCAUUGGAUCUUUUCCUAAAAUAUACUAUAAACAGUGAUGCAGAGCAGGUUCCUGUAUUUUCUGAUACUGAUCCCAAGUAUCAGAGUUUGCAAGAUGAGGUAAGUCAUCUUAGAGAUGAUGUAAUGACCGUUAAGAACCAAGAAAUUGAUCAAAUAACAGGUGAAAUCUUGCAAGUUGCGCACGAAAUAACGGAGAAGCAAGAUCAGGUUAAUAUGCUGUAUCUUGAGACCACUAACGAACUCGAUAAAUGCUGGGAACUUCUUGAUGAGUGGCAAAGGUUGCAAGAUGAUCAAAGGAUCACCAAGAAUGAGGAUAAUAGCAAUAGGAAAGACACGGAACUAAAUGCCAUGGAAGAAUGCUACGAAGAAUGGAAAACUUUGGAAGAGUUAGCUGUUCUCAAUGAUAAUCUACAGAAACAGAUUGAUGAGUUGGAAAAGGUAGAUAAUAAAGCCAUCAACUCAACACAAUUAGCUGAAGAAAGCAUUGUCAAUACGGUGCAAUUAAAUGACCUCAUAGAUAUGUGGAAAAGGAGAAUUAUUGCUUCAAUCCAUGAAGAUAUCUCAGAGAUUGUACUAUAUCCAUAUAGUAGAAAACUUCAAUUAAGAGUUGCCAAUAGAUAUACGAUAAUUAUUCAACUGGAUAAACAUCAAACGCAUGACGGCAAGUCAACAAUACACGAUAUUGAUUUAUUUACUGAGCAGGAUUCGAGAAUAAUACCGAUGAGAGAACUAAGAAAGCAAGUACUACAGGAAUGUAAGGGACAUUCAAACAUUUUGCAGGCAUUAAAAAAUAUAAUAAACAGAGUGAUAAAUAAUGACAAUUAG